AUGGCUGCAGAUCUGCUGAUCAUCCCAGCCCUGGUAGCCAUCACCCAGGUGAUGCACAACUUCCUGGCCUUCGUCUUCCCGGUGAUCGUAGCAGGCUGCAGCAUGGCUGUGCUCUACCUUUUACCAUGGUCCAUGCUGCCAGAUACGGUGGAUGACUUCAUGCUGAGGAACCCCAGCUGCCUCAACCUGGAGGCUCUCUUCUACUCAUUUUACGUCUUCUUCAACAAGUUUGCAGGUGGCCUUGCCGUGGGAAUAUCGACACUGAGUUUACAUUUUGCAGGUUACCGUUCUGGAGACUGCACAUACAACCCCUCCGUCAUCCUCACCCUGCAGCUUCUCAUGGCCCCAGUCCCAAUAAGCCUGCUGCUCAUUGCCAUAAUCAUCUUCUGCCUCCAUCCCAUUGAUGAGGAGAGGAGGAAGCAGAUGAGACUCGAGAUAGAGGCAAUGGGGCAUCAGGUACAGUGCGGCAGCCGAGAAUAAACCCAGGGCU